AUGGUGCCAAGUAGUACGCAUUGUGUGCUCGUGGUGUGGAGUGUGACCGUGCUGGUGUUGCUGCUGGCAGGGUUUGACCAGGCCGAAGCCAACUUCAUCACGUACGUGGAUGACUCCGGUGAGAGCGUCCCGGAGGACUACGUGGUGGAUGGACACCAUCAACGUAAAAAAGUGCGCCCGCAGGACUACAACGACGCACUCGAUCGAUUGAUCGCGGAUGCGCUGAACCAAACCGCUCGUCCGAGCAGCAACGAGUCGGUAUCGGAUGAGCUGGCCUCCAGCUCGGCGGAACAGAGCGUCGUCUGCAUUGGCAAUCGUCAGAAGUUACAAAUCCACACGCUGGACACGCUGACCGUCCGAAAGUGCUGCCCUAAGGGCCAGUCGUUCCACCGGCUGAGCAUAACCACCUGCCACCCGAUGGAUCUGCACGAUCACAUAAGCCGCUUCACGCUGUUGGCGCGCCAACUGAACUAUUACGGCCCCGGGUGCCACGAGUACGACAAAUACCUGCGCUAUAACACGACGAUCGAUAAGAAAUGCGUUGGCCAACGGCUCAUAUUCAAUGAUCGUGGCACACAGAUGAUGCUCAUCCAGAAUGGCUCGCUGUUGGUGACACGUGGCGACCAGCUCGAGUUCUACGAUGACUUCUGCGUGGAGGAAACGGGCAACAUGGUGCUGGCGGCUCACAUUUGCGACGAGGAUGGGGCCAGUCGGUCCGACGAUCUAUUCUCUGGGUGGUUGGGUACGGUGAUGCUCGUUUUGGCGCUGGUCGCCUCAGCCAUCACUGUGCUGGCAUAUGCGUUCGAUCGAGCAUUGCCGCACCGGUACGGUCCUCUGAUCGCGAGUCAUGCCGGAUUGCUUGCUGGAGCUAUCCUGCUAGAGCUGCUACUCACCGCACUACACCAAGAGCACUUUCGACCGGUGGUGGAGAUGCUGGUUGAGAUUUCGUAUGCCCUUUUCGUGGUGUUCAGCGUGAUGCUGUUCUUCUCUUCGGCCACCGGCACCAACAAUAUCAACUACCGGCUGCUACUGGUGGCGGUGUUCUUGGUUUCUUCAGGCUCACUCAUUGCCAUCGCACUGACGUUCUACUCCGAGCGUGUGCUCCUGAUCGCCGUCCUCGUAAGCCUGUUGGUGGCACUGGUGAUCAGUGCCGCCAACGUGUACAGUUCAUUUGGGCGCAAUCACCUCGGGUUCAACAGCAGCGAAAACCCGUUCGAGAUGAUCAAUGAAGGCAGCACGGCCAAGCGAAUGGACCAGCGCAAGGAACUCACGAUCGUGUCCACAUUUGCCUGUGCCACGCAGAUCAUCGUGUGGAUCCCGUUCUCGAUGGGGAAGUACUCACUGCUGUCUGUGCUCGCCUGGAACGCGAUCAUCAUCUUCGUCGUAUUUGUGGGUCUGAGACGUCGUUCGAUCGGCCUGUGCAACGUUGGUCAGCGGGUGAAGCUAAGCCGCCCAGGAGCGGUUCCGAUCACGCAGCAGUACGCCGAUCACCAGAUGCCUCACGAUACGCAAACCGUCCUGCCACCAGACGAGGACGUGGAUGCCGAGAACGAACUGCGUGUGGUGUAGGGAUUUUUAGUUGUACUUACCAGAACGCCAGGAGACUGUACAUAGACGAAGCGCGGCUGCGUUUCGAUAGCGAAACUGCUCGACGCUUACGCUUAAGACUCACCGCGGAUUAGCCGCAACAAAUAUUAGCUUAACGUAAACCCGAACAUUAGUCAGCGGCUGGUUAAGCAAGCAGGACCGAGGGGUUUGGGAUUUUUGCUGCAAGAAAACCGCGGAAUAAAUAAAACAAACAGAACUCGAACGUCGAA